AUGUCUUCGACAUCAGUUCCAAAGGAUGGCAAUCCAGCCGUACCAAAUCUGCCCUACUUCACUCCUCAGCAUGCUGCCGACCCAGGAGUUCCGUUUACGCCCUCUUCUGGCACUCCAACCCUCUUCACCCCUCUCAAGAUCCGGUCAAAAACACUGCGAAACCGAAUCAUUGUAGCGCCCAUGUGUCAGUACUCGACAGCGGCCAGCGGUCCAGACAUUGGCAAGCUCACCGACUACCACGUCGCCACGCUAGGACACUAUGCGCUGAAGGGCGCCGGAUUGGUCUUUAUCGAGGCGACCGGCGUACAGCCCAAUGGCCGCAUCACACCGAACUGUCCGGGACUUUGGAGUGAUGCUCAGACUGAAAGUGUAAAGCGCGUCUCAGAUUUUAUCAAGUCUCAGGGCGCUCUUUCCGGUAUCCAACUCGCACAUGCCGGUCGGAAGUCCAGCACUAUUCCUCCCUGGAUCGCCGCAAGCUUCAACAAGCCGUCGGUGCGCGCAUCCAAACAAGCAGGCGGGUGGCCAGAUGAUGUCGUUGGGCCUAUGGGUGGUCCCGAGAAUUCAUGGGAUGGGAAAGGCCUAGCUGAAGAUGGAGGAUUCUACCCUCCUCGGCAACUCACGAUCUCGGAUAUACAAGAGACCGUCUCUGCUUUUGCUCAGAGCGCCAGACGUGCAGUCGAGGCUGGGAUCGACGUAAUUGAAAUUCAUGCCGCUCAUGGAUACUUGAUCCACCAGUUCCUGAGUCCCAUCACGAAUCAACGCACCGACCAGUACGGCGGUAGCUUCGAAAACCGUACACGUCUGCUCGUCGAGGUCAUCGAAGCUGUGCGCGCUCAGAUACCGACAGAUAUGCCACUAUUUCUCCGGGUCAGCUCUACCGAAUGGAUGGAAGAGACAGACUUGGGCAAGAGAUACGGUAGCUGGGACGUUGAGAGCACCAUGCAAUUGUCGCGACAAUUGCCCGCGCUAGGAGUCGAUUUGCUCGAUGUGAGCAGUGGCGGCAAUCAUCCUCAGCAAAGGAUCAAUAUGUUCUCGUCGAAAGAUUAUCAGACCAAGAUUGCCAAUCAGAUCCGACAAAUGAUGAAAACUCAUCAGCUCAAGCUUCUGAUCGGCGCUGUUGGACUGAUCACGGAAGCAGAACAGGCCCGAGAUAUCGUCGAGGACGGACUUGACAAGAGCAUCGGCGAAGAGGCUACCGCGGCCAAGGAGAUGACUGAUACAAGCGGCGGUAAGGAGCCGAUGGCCGAUGUGAUUCUCGUCGCGAGACAGUUUAUGAGAGAGCCGGAAUGGGUCCUGAAGGUCGCCUGGAAGCUGGGCGUGGAUGUCGCUUGGCCCAGUCAAUUUCUGAGGGUGAGAUUUCCAAAGAUCUGA